CGACCAUCACUGCACAACAUGGAGUGUUUUUUCACCAACCUGCUUUGACACUUCUGAAGGGAAUCAUGGGAGACAAUGUUGAUGUCAAGGCUCUGAGGGCCAGGUUCAGCAGCAGUGCCAGCCCGCCAUACACCAGAAGCCAGGACAACAAUUCUCCAAUAUCUCCAAUGCCUGCUUUCACGACAUUCAGCCCAUCAACAGCAGAGAAGGACAUUUUUCAGCCCACAGCGAGUGAGCCAGACAUGAUGAAGCUACAAAGAGAAGAAGUACCCACCGACCCUGUUGUUUUUGCUCAGUCGCCGCCAAAUAUAAAAACCCGUACCCCCGGCCACUUUUCAGGCGUUAAUAAGGUCAAACACACGGGGGAAAUGUUAGAAAAAAUGAUGUUGGGGAGGGCUCUAGGUUCCACAGCUCCCUCUCGAGUGCCAACUUCAACCCCUCUCCCACUGCGACUGAGAAGCACAAGUGAUGUUGUUCCACUUAGAAAGCCACUUGCCCCUGAAGGUCCCUUUCCCUUGAAACCUAAACGACCUCGCAACGUUGAUCUGCAGCAAUUCAUGAACGUCACCAGGACAGUUUGGCCACAGCUUGCUCAUAAAAGCUCAGAAGCAACGCAAAUGUCUGCACUCACAGUGAACACUCCAUCAAAUCCUCUUCCACAAACCUUCAACCCAAGCAGGCAACAGAAGCAGGUGACCUCUGUAGACAUCGAUUAUGGCAGUUAUGAUGGCAGUUAUGAUGACAUUGCAAGCUUGGGGGAAAAAGAAUCCUGGAGCAACAGCAGCUCACAGUGGACACACAGGGAUGAAAGUGACAUGUAUGAGCACAUUGAUGAGGAUCAAGUGAGGCUGAAUGUGAAUGCUGACAAAAAGGUGCAGGAACAGAAAAGAGAAAAUGAGUUCAGGAAAAAAUUCCAGCUGCAAGCCGAGGAAGAAAUUCAUCACACAGCCAGAGCUCGGCAUGACUGGUACGGUGGAGGCAAACAGGACCUCAGGGUGCACCAAGGUGACAGUAUUGAAAUCCUCCGCGUGAAGAAUAACCCAGAGGGCAAGUGGUUGGCUCGCUCCCUGGAUGGAAAGUAUGGUUACAUCAGUAACACAUGUGUGGAUAUUGACUAUGAGGCAGUAAAGCGUAAAUUGUUCCAAUUACCCAGAAGAACAGAGGCACCAACAUUACCUCCGCCACCUCCAGACCCACCACAGGUGUUACAUAUGGAGUCCAAAAACAGUUUGGCAUCCAGUCAAAAUUAUUACUACGAUGGCUUUCAUCUAUCAACUGACGAUUUUCCACCACCACCGCCACCAAAUGAAAUUAUCAUUGAUGCCGAUGCCGAAAAGGAGCUAAGGAUAAAAUUUAAGUAUGAGGGUCCUGUCAUGGUGUUGCACACUGUUAUGAUGGAUCCUAACGGUGUCAUGAAGAAGUUAGGAGGGAAGGAUCUCCAUGCGUCUCAGGGGGAUGUUCUGGAUGUCAUCCAGCUCACCGACAGCAAGAAAGUUCUAUGCUACAAUCGCACAUCAGGAAAAUAUGGUUAUGUAUCCAGAAAACAACUUGUUCCACUAUCCACAUAACUCUGUACGCUGACUACAAUGUGGUAAAAGCUGAAUAAACCUGAGAAUCUAAACUACUUUGAAGCCCUCUUGUUUGUCAAUAAACUCGAUGGG